AUGGCUUGCAUACUCUCGCGCCUUCCACUACCUCUUCGUGAGGUCUUGGAACCCUACAUCCCUCUCUAUGAGGAACACGCGCCCGUGAUCGGAGUCGCGUUGGCCUCCCUAGUCGCCGUCUACGUGGGGUACCUCUACUUCCAAUGCCAGAAGGAAGCCGCUGUCGCAUUCAAUGUUCCAGUUCCCCCUGAAGUGCGCAAGAGCAACACAGGAAAGAAGUGGGAGGAAGUGAAGGGAUUGCAGAAACAGGUCCUGGAGGAUCAAGCUCGGGGGAAAUGGAACCCCGAAUUGAUCAUGAGCUACUGUCCCGCCGACGGUCGAGUGCUUGGAAAUGGAAUUCGCCCUGCGACCAUCGACGAUGUCAACGAAGCUGUACGGGCUGCCAAAGCCGCGCAGCGUGAAUUCUCGAAGACAACAUUCGCUGAGCGCAGAAAGCUACUCCGGACUCUAUUGAAAUACGUACUCGAGCACCAGGAUGAUAUUGUGACCGCAUGCUGUUUGGACUCCGGCAAGACCAAGGUGGACGCCUGCUUCGGCGAGAUCCUCGUCACAGCAGAGAAGCUCAAAUGGACCAUCGACCAUGGCGAGAAAGCCCUACAGCCCUCGCGCCGCCCGACCAAUUUCCUCAUGAUGUACAAGAAGAACGUGGUUACCUAUGAGCCAUUGGGUGUGGUUUCUGCUUGUGUCUCCUGGAACUACCCAUUCCACAACUUCAUCGGCCCAGUUAUCUCCGCCCUAUUCACUGGUAACGCCAUCGUCGUUAAGCCCUCCGAGCAAACCGCCUGGUCAACAGCAUUCUUCCUCGAAAUUGUGCGUGGCGCCCUUUCCAGCUGUGGCCACUCUCGCGACCUGGUUCAAACGAUCGUGUGUCUCCCUGCCGUCGCCGAUAAACUCACCUCCCACCCGGAUAUCUCCCACUUGACGUUUAUCGGCUCGCGUCCUGUCGCAUUCAAGGUCUGCGAAUCCGCAGCCAAGGCUCUGAUCCCUGUUUGUGUUGAGCUCGGUGGUAAAGACCCAGCGGUUGUCCUCGAUGACUCGCGUACCCUGCGGAACCUCUCCAGUGUGGCCUCGAUCCUUAUGCGCGGCGUUUUCCAAUCCGCCGGCCAGAACUGCGUUGGUGCAGAGCGUAUUAUCGCUCUCCCUGGUUCUUACGACAAAUUAAUUGAUCUCGUUACUCCCCGAAUCCAGCGCAUGCGCGUCGGUUCCGUUCUACUCGAUUCCCCGACCGCGGAUUCCGAAGGCACAACACCCGAUAUGGGCGCAAUGAUCUCACCAGGCUGUUUCCAGACUCUUGAGAUAUUAAUCCAAGAAGCCGUUGAAGAAGGUGCCCGCCUGUUAGCAGGUGGUACACGCUACGCACAUCCAGACCAUCCCCAGGGUCACUACUUCACGCCUACGCUCCUCGUCGAUGUUACCCGGGAUAUGCGAAUUGCACAGGAAGAGGUCUUCGCGCCCAUCUUCCUCGUAAUGCGCGCCGAGUCCGUCCCCGAUGCUAUUGCCAUUGCCAAUUCCACACCGUAUGCUCUUGGCUCCAGUGUCUUCGGCCACAACUCCGCUCAAGUCCAAGCUUGUGUUUCCGGUAUCGAGGCCGGUAUGGUCUCUGUCAACGAUUUUGGUGCAUACUACGCUGUUCAGCUGCCGUUUGGUGGUGUCAAGGGAUCUGGAUAUGGUCGGUUCGCCGGUGAGGAGGGCCUGCGUGGUUUAUGCAACACCAAGGCAAUUUGCGUUGAUAGGUUCCCUACCUUGAUUGGUACAGCCAUCCCUCCCCGUGUGGAUUACCCGAUUCAAAAGCAGGAGGGUAGUGCAGGACGUCAGGAUGGUCCUGCUGCUUGGGAAAUGUGUAAGGGUGUUGUCGAGACAGGAUACCAAUUGACGAUCGGUGGACGAAUCGCUGGUAUCACACGACUGUUGAGGAAUAUGUGA